GAAGAAAGAGAAUUACACGCUAGUAGAGUGUACAAGACGUCAUGUUAGGAUUGUGAGCAGUGCUCAUGGGUAUCUAUUUGUUCAUUUAUACAUUUUCCGCAUCUGCCACAAGCUGAAGUAAGAAAAGACGGUAGAGAAGAUGAGGAUCUGUCUCAUAAACGUAACGCUCGCCCCAUUGUUAACUAUGAUCGUACCAUGCUAUCACAUUCAGUGGCACAUUCAUAGACCAUUGAUCUUCCAUUUCCAUCAUCACACGCUACGAAAAGAAGCCAGCGGAAAUGAAGUUAUGGGGACAAACAAAUGGCCCAAGGAGUGGCGUUCUAAUCUGUGUCUCUUGUUUCAGUCAUGGAGCAAUGACCGGACGGCCGGGUCGUGUAUAAAGAUCCUGAGAUAUUCCUGAUUAGUUUCACUGCAGCGUCUUCUAUCGCACUGCAUCCGCUCUUGAUCCUGCAGUCUGCCGUCGAACACUCGGAAAGAAUUCAGUCACCGGAAAUCAAUUGCUCGAACGUCCAAUCAUUAUCAUGUUCUCAAAACUCGCAGUUGCCUCGCUAGGCAUACUCGCGACCUCUAUUCAGUGCAUCGAUGUAACGAUAAAUUCUAUCCUCGAUGGUGAAAUCAAAGUUGCCUCUACCCAGCUCGACAAAAUGAACUUUUUGUUAAACAACAACCUGACGUGGUUUUUUGAUUUCACUACGCAGCCCCACUACACCUAUACGCCAGGUGCCGUGGUCAACUCUGAUGCUGCUACAUUCCCAGCUUCGACUAGUUACGGUAUGACGAUGGCUUUAAUCAACUUGGGACCAUGUGCAAUGUUACCUCCUCAUUACCACCCACGAGGUACGAACUUUGUAGUGGCAGUCGAGGGUGUGACGCAGACGUGGAUGAUUGAGGAAAACGGGGCAAAGGUCGUCAAUCAAACACUGAGGCCAUGGCAGAUGACAAUCUUUCCAAGAGGAAGUAUUCACAGCAUGCAAAAUUUAGGUUGUACUAAGGCUACUCUUGUAUCGGCGCUGAACUCGGAGGAUGCAGGCACACAGAACAUUCUUAAUGGAUUUGCACAAUUGCCACCAGAUAUAAUAGCUGCGGCUUUUGGUAAUCCAGCUGCAGGGAUCAAUCUUCCACCUAUACCAGAAGUAGGUACUGGUAGUAUAAUUGGAUCUGCGGCCUGCCUAGCAGCUUGCAGAGGGAAAAUGUAAUGCGAGCUCUAGUCUUGUUUAAUUGUGAGUGAUCAAUCCCUUCGGAAUCUCACUCGACAUGGCAUUGACUCGCAAUAGAUGUCCUAUUCGUUGUUGUAUUGGAGUGGCGUUUGCGGAUUGAAUGUACAAUACAAUCUGGCGUUUUUAAUUAUUGUUUUGAGGAAACCGUCUA